CUGCCAGAGAACAGGAUGCAGACACUCAACUGUUUGGAGCCCUGGCAUGGCGUGGUGAUCGCGGCUGUGUCCCUCUUCCUGCAGGCCAGCCUCCUGGCAGCCCUCUAUUGCCUGUUCAGCCGGCGCCUGGCCAGGCACAGUGAGAGAAUAUUGAAAGAGGUCAGAUCCCAGGACUCCCGUCCCAGUCCUGACCACCAUCCCUCACCAGCUACCCAGGAGCCGAAAGUGACUCUGGCAGAAAGAAGCGCCCUUGUGUCUGAUCUGCACUACAGGCAUGGCAGCGACACAUCCUCAGACAGCUCUAGCAGCUCCAGCAGCUCUGGCAGCUCACCGCCCAGCCAUCAGGCCAACAAAGAUAUGAAUUAUACACAAGUGGUCUUUCCAGACCCUGGAGGACUGAAAAAUGAAACUGCACUGGACUAUGAAAACAUAAAAGAAGCCAAAGAUUAUGUCAAUGUCAACCCCCAAAUUCGCAAGCCCAACAUCUGGACUUUUGUGAAUCCUGAUGUCUCUGAGACAGUGGAAUACACUCAGGUGGCCAAGUGAAUUUUAGUGGGAUGUUCUUUAUGGAUUCU